AUGAACAUGAACGUCACCAUCCACACCGAUGUGCUCUGGAUCGUUUCCAAGCCGAUGUUUUGUGGCUGGACCACCUGCCACCAAACCCAAGAGUUCGACGGAUUCGACACCUUCAGAAAGCACUUGUACUCUCACUUUCACUUUGACGAAAGAAUGCAGCACGACGAAGAAGUGGCAGUGAUGGAUGUGUCCCUGGGCGAAUGCCUUUGUGGGUUUAAGGCGACGGGUACCGAGUGGGUGGACCACAUCCUUAGCGGUGACUGCAAUUACUACCACCCUCAUGUUGACGACGAAGAGGCAACCGACACGGCCUAA